UCCACUGUGGUUUCUUUCCUUCCCUUGUCUGUGGAAGGGAUCUGGUAGCCCCUCAAGAAAGAAAAAGAUGUCUGCAACCAUGACCUUUCACACGCCAAGGCAAAAGGGAAGAAGGCGUCCAGACUCAGUGGGGUCCUCGCCCCCCAUCCUGGGACUACCUGGUGUGUGCAAACACGCACAAGCACGCAGACCAGGUCUUCUGUUCAAUGACAGGAGAGACUGGCCUGGGGGGAGGUGAGAGGGCGACCAGUUUCCCUGAUCCCGGACCUCCUGAGGCUUCACGCAUCGUGACCCUCCGAAAAGACAAAGACGGGCUCGUCCGGGAUUUGAACCCGGGACCUCUCGCACCCAAAGCGAGAAUCAUACCCCUAGACCAACGAGCCGUCCCACGAUGCAAGUCGUGAGGUCUCUCCCUGCAGGCCUGUGUCCUCGGCUCGGAGCUCCCGUCCCACCAAGUUUCGGCUUCUUGGUCCCUCGGAAAGGUGCGCGGGGCGGGGUUUCGGUUUCGAUUCCGGAAGAGGAGAGGGUGGGGCGAGGAGGGAGCGGGGGGACCCGCCGGCCCCCGGCCCCUCUCCCCGCCUCCCCUCCCGAGCACGACGGCCCCGCCCCUGCCAGGGCCCCCUGCCCGGAGCCACCAGAGAAGCGAGUCUGCGGGGCCCAGGUGAGCACGGCGAUGUCUCACGUGGGCCCCGGCCCAGAAAUUUCCCCCAACGUGGGACCCAAGUCCGGGACCCUGAGAAUGAGGCUCGGCCGGCCAGCCCCGCCAGGCCUCCAGCCGCUCGGGAAAGGACCCCGGGGCUCCUGUGCUCCGCCGAGCCCCCUCUGGACCCGGGCUCAGCCCCUCGCAACUGGGGAACCCCGAAGCGGGGGUCAGAACCGGGGUCGCCGCUCACUUCUUCCCAUCUGCAGACUUGCCGGCUCCCCUGAGCUACUGGGCCACACAGACGCACUGACGGGACAGGACGGCACGCGGUGACCUGGCGGCGCCCUCGCUCCUGGCUGAAAACCAUCCGCCAAUUCCGCGUUCCACUGCCCGGGGUGCAGCGCGCACAGGAUCCAGAACCUGUCCUUACCAAUUUUAGAACAGGAAAGUUCUGGAGUACCUCAAUCAGCCUGUGGAAUAGCGGCCCCUUACGACUGCCCGGCUAGCUCAGUCGGUAGAGCAUGAGACUCUUAAUCUCAGGGUCGUGGGUUCGAGCCCCACGUUGGGCGCAACUUUUGUUGAGCCAGCUUGACACAACGGAAACAGGUGACUGGGUCUGGUCUGUGUAAUAUAAACUAAAACUCUUCCAAAGUGGAA